AUGAGUAGUGAUUAUUCUGAUGAGAGUGGGAAGGUAAAGUAUCCAUCAUUUGUUCCUCCUAAGAAGUUCAAUGACUAUAAGUGGGUGUUAGGAAGCUUGUUUUCAACAAGGGAAGAGUUCAAGGAAGCUGUGUCAAGUUAUGCUGUUCACAAUGGUAGGGAUUUAAGAUACCUGAAGAAUGAUAAGACUAGGGUCAGAGUGGGUUGCAAGGAAGGUUGUGGAUGGGUGGCUUUGUGUUCUAAAUUGCCACAUGAGGAUACUUGGCAAUUAAGAACAUUAAAUGAUAAUCACACUUGUAGUAGAGAGUAUAAUGUUAGGAUGUUUAAUACAAACUGGCUAGGGAAGAAGUUGUAUUCAACAGUUAGAAUUAACCCCAAUGUCAAACUGACUGCUAUUUGUGACAAAGUACAUGAAAAAUGGAAUGCUGGAAUGAAUAGGAUGAAAGCUUACAGGGCAAGAAAGGCAACAUUAGAUAUGGUUGAAGGGUCUUUCAAGGAACAAUAUAGAAGACUUUAUGACUAUACACAUGAGCUACUGAGAUCUAACCCAAACAGCACCAUCAAGAUCAAUGUCCAAGCAACUGAUGUGAAUCCUACUGAAUUUGAACAACAACCAGAAGAUUAUGUUAUUAGGCCAUUACUACCAAGCUUCCAUAGACUUUAUAUGUGCCUUGAAGCUUGCAAGAAAAGUUUCCAAGUUUGUAGACCAAUAAUAGGAAUAGAUGGAUGUUUUCUCAAGGGCAUCUAUGGUGGGCAGAUUCUUGCAGCAGUUGGGAGAGACCCCAAUGAUCAAAUGUUGCCCAUUGCAAUGGCUGUAGUUGAAGCUGAGACAAAAGAUUCUUGGGCAUGGUUUUUUGACCUGCUAGUUAGAGACUUGGGAGGACAAGAAAUAUGUAAGAAAUUCACUUUCAUUUCAGAUCAGCAGAAGGGACUGUUACCUGCAAUAGAGGAGUUAUUGCCUGGAGUUGACCAGAGAUUCUGUGUUAGACAUCUAUAUAGCAACUUUAGAAAAAGGUUUCCAGGCAAGCAAUUGAAGGAAUUAAUGUGGAGGGCAGCAAAGGCAACCUAUCCCCAAGCAUGGGAAAGGGAAAUGAGGGAGAUGAGAAAGGUUAAUGAGGAAGCAUACAAGCAUUUGUUGAAGAUUCCUCCUAGAUUUUGGAGUAAAUCACAAUUCAAAUAUACAACAAAAAGUGAUGUGUUGGUUAACAAUAUGUCUGAAACUUUUAAUAGUGUUAUUAUUGGACCAAGACAAAAACCAAUUGUAACAAUGAUGGAGGAGAUCAGAGGGUACCUCAUGGAUAGAUGGGCAACUAAUAGAGCCAAGAUUGAAGAGUAUGGUGAGUCUGUACUACCAAGAAUUAAGAAAGUUCUAGAAAGAAGGCAGGAAUUCUCAAGGUUUUUUAUAGCAAGGAUUUGGAUGCUGACUGGGAUUCCAUGCCACCAUGCAUUGUCUUGUAUCCUCAAUAGAUCUGAAGAUCCUACUGAGUACAUUCCUUCCUGGUUUAGGAAGGAGACAUACCAAGCUUGCUAUGCACCUCUGAUAUAUCCAACAAAUGGGGAGAAUUUGUGGGAAUUGACACCAUAUCCUGACAUUCUUCCUCCCCCAUCCAGAAGGGCACCUGGGAGGCCAAAAAAGAGAAGUAAUAGAGAUGCUGAUGAAAAGAGGAAGGAUAGUACUACUGUUUCCAUAAAGUGCUUGCCAAAUAAAUGCUCAGCAUGUGGUCUAUCUGGACAUAACAAAUCAUCAUGUCCAUCUGCACCAAGACAGUCCAACAAUGCAACCACUGCACAAUCUCAAAGUACCACCACUGUCCCCACCCAAACUCCCACAACUGUCUAA